AGCUCACUCGUUAUCAACCUCACACUAAGUACCGUGCUUGUCCUACACGCUCGACAAGAUGAUGCCCAGAAGUCAAACUGGUCUUGAAGAUGCCUUUAUCAAAGUCUCCUUCGAGGAGGACGAUACGUUGUGCUCUGCUCGAGAGGGAGACAGCGAUAUGUAUAGCAAAUGGGUUGAUAAAGCCUCCGCCCAGUUCGCAAGGCCGAAUGUAAUCGGAGCUGAUCUCCUACGAAAGCUGUAUCCCAAUCAUUCAGUCGUCAUGUCCCAAGAUUUCAAUCUUAACAUCCUAGGAUUUCCGCAUGCAGUCACUAUCCCACUCAAACCCGAUGAACUCAUCACAAACAUGUUCUUCUUCCCUCUCGCACGUGGCGCUGGAGGUCUGCUUGCUAGCUCGAUAGAAUUCGGUGCUUUCCGAACUGCUUGGGACAAAUAUGAAUUCACAAUCUACAUAAUGAGGUACCCUGAGGGCUUCGGAUCCUAUAUCCAACACUACAUUCUCCACGAGGGCCCGAAGAAUCCGGCACUAGCUCUACUAGCUGCAGUCGGUACAUGGUCUUAUGAACUGCACAACGAAAUCUGGGUCUUCAACAAUGGAUUCUGGAACAAGGAUGCUGCAUUAUGGAUGGAGGUGCAAAAAGCAAACUGGAAUGAUGUUAUUCUGAAGGAUUCAUUUAAGAAGGAGCUACAGAACGACGUUUACACAUUCUUUGACUCGGAGGAUCUUUAUAAGAGUCUUUCGAUACCUUGGAAGAGGGGAUUGAUCAUGUAUGGUCCUCCAGGCAAUGGCAAAACGAUUAGUCUUAAAGCUAUCAUGAAGACCGUCCAAGACAAGGGCUUUAAUCCACUUUAUGUCAAAUCCUUCCAAAGCUGGAGAGGUGAAGAAGGCUCAAUGGACGAGGUCUUCCGUCAAGCGCGCAUUCUCGCUCCCUGUGUCCUCAUCUUAGAAGACCUCGACAGUUUGAUCAAUGAUCGCAACCGUUCUUUCUUCUUGAACCAACUGGACGGUCUUCAGGGCAAUGACGGCCUUUUGCUCAUUGCAACCACAAACCAUUUCGAUAGGCUCGACCCUGGUCUGUCAACAAGACCGAGCCGAUUCGACAGGAAGUACAACUUCGACGACCCCGAUCGCGAUGAACGUCUCCUUUAUGCGAAGUUCUGGCAGAACAAACUGAUCGACAACGACAAAGUCGAAUUCCCUGAUCGACUUACUAAUGAAGUUGCCGACCUCACGUAUGGGUUCUCCUUCGCCUACCUCAAAGAAUGCUUCGUCUCUUCGCUCGUGCUACUGGUAACAGGCGAUUCUAAGAGGACGUUCGAACAAACACUGAAGGGACAGAUCAAGGAGCUUCGCAAGCAACUCGACAAGACUCCUUCACCUGUAGGAGCUGGAAGCCCUCGUCGUGUUGAGCUACUUUCAGGUGGACAGGCUCCACUCCCGCCAAAACCGGAUAUCUGGGAGAUCACUCGUGCUAAGAUGGUAGAAGCUUUUGGACGUUCGGUUGAACAUCCGCUUACUUACUAAAUGCACAAAUAAUGUAUUCAUCCUAACCUCCAUUCAACGAGCUUUGGCACUUCUUGGUUGCUAAGUCUUUUACUGGUAUUAUAUGGAUGCAUGUAGCUGCGAGUGUGACGGACUACUAUGUACAAUGCCUGA